AUGUCACAACAUAAAACGAUAUAUGAUUUCACUGUCAAAGACGCAGAAGGAAAUGACGUUUCACUCAGCAAGUACAAGUAUUCUUACAAUGCCGAUUGGACUCAGCUUAUAGCACCAUAUUUCAGCUCUGACGACGCUGACGCUGACGCCAUGUCACAACAUAAAACGAUAUAUGAUUUCACUGUCAAAGACGCAGAAGGAAAUGACGUUUCGCUCAGCAAGUACAAAGGGCAAGUGGUCAUCGUGGUAAAUGUCGCUUCAAAAUGUGGUUACACUAAAAGUCACUACACGGAGCUGAAACAACUUCAAGACAAGUACUAUGACCAAGGUCUUCGGGUUGCCGCCUUUCCUUGCAAUCAGUUCGGUGGACAGGAGCCGGCAUGUGAACUUGACAUAAUGAAGUUUGUCAAAGAUGCGUACAACUACGAGCCUGACCUGUAUGCGAAGGUGAAGGUGAACGGAGUGGACGCUGACCCAUUUUGGCAGUUUCUCAAGAAGGAGCAAGGUGGAACGAUAGUCGAUGCGAUCAAAUGGAACUUCACUAAAUUUCUGAUUAAUCGAAAAGGAUACGUUGUCAAAAGGUACGCACCAACGACGUCUCCCAACGGAAUGACAGCCGACAUUGAGCAGUUACUCUCUGAGUCUCCAUGA